CAGCAGACGACGCGGCGGAGGCCCGGAAGCUGCAGGAGGCCUACGACGUGGCGGCAAAGGCACAGGAGACGCAGCUGGUGUGGGAUGAGCUGAGCGAGAGGCUGGACAAGCUGGAGGAGGCGGAAGAGGCGGCGUGCCAGGGCAAGAAGGUGCGGCGUGGGCGCAAGGGAAAGGACCUCGAAUUCGACAUCGAACCUCCCCCCAGGUUAAACGUCAAGGUGCUACCGGAGGAGUAUGCCGGGAUGUUCACCACGGCGGGGGUGGAGGAAGUGCCGGAGGCCACCCUGGCAAGCGACGACGAAGACUCGCCCAACACCCCUCCGCCCAAGGCGGAAGCCCGCCAAACCCUGGAGGAAAUGUCCAUCCCCGACUCGAUCUUCAAGACGGACUAA